AUGCGAGCCCCGAUCCUACUGUACCUAUGCGUCAGUCUGGCGUUGGGUUUGCCAACAGACGACGACCACGUGAUCCAAUUCGGUCGUCUAGGCAACUGGGGCGACUACGUGCCCGAGACAACCGACUGCGACCGUUUUCCCGACGCCCUCGAAUGCGAAAAUCACGCGCUGGUUCGUCGAAAGGGUGGAGACUGCAUCUACACGGUGACACUUCAGUCGAAGAUCUUCCCCAACGAAGAACUGAAGAUGUGCGCGCAGCCUCGACGCCCGCUGCCCUGUCGCAUGACCGGUGACGUGAGGUGCGUGGUUCCGCCAAUGGAAAUGUCCAAAUUCGACCUGAUGAUCCUCUACAUCAUUAACCACGAGCUGAAGGCGCGCAUCAUUCGCCUGCAGAAUCAGCAGGCACUGGGGAGAACCAGGAGCUCGGAGUUGCAGCGGGAGAUCGAGCUCAUCAUCGCGGACAACGUGGCGUGGAUGUGCUCCCUCAAGUGCGACAACUCCUCGUGUGAAUUCGGCGCCGAAUUGGAACCGCACCGGCGAUCAGUCGGUGGCCUGCCGCGAAUGACCUCCCUCGUAACCGAGUACCCACACUUCUCGCGCAGCGCAAAGGUCCAGAACAUCCGAAUAGACAUGCCGAUUGGGUCAUUUGAAAUCGCGCGUCUCAUGCGGAAGAUGUCACCCUUCAGACACAUGGCUGUCUCGUCGCUUCCGCUAACUGUCUCGUGUCUAAGACACGGGGGCUGA